AUGGAGCGGUUCAGGACGGGACCGUGGAACGGCGUAAGCUUCAGCGGGACGCCGCCAUUGAAACCCAAUCUCGUCUACACUUUCGAGUUCGUGUUCAACGAGAAGGAAGCAUACUACAUCUACCACCUCCGCAACGACUCUGUCAUAACCCGGAUGUCCAUAACCCCGGCCGGUCUGAUCCAGAGGUAUACCUGGCUCGGCGGCAAGCAAGGCUGGGUGAUCUAUCUUACAGCGCAGAACGACAACUGCGACCGGUUCGGGGUGUGUGGGACCUUCGGCAGCUGCAACAUUGAGAGCAACCCGAGUUGCAGCUGCCUCCAAGGGUUUGUGCCCAGAGUGCAGAGGGAAUGGGAUAUGGUGGAUUGGAGUAGUGGCUGUGUGAGAAGGACUGAGUUGAAUUGCGGGGAUGAUGGGUUUGUGAAGCUCUCUGGCGUUAAGUUGCCGGGUAUGACGAACAAGUCCUGGUUUGAUGCGGAAAUGAGCUUGGAACAGUGUAGGGAUGUUUGUCUGAGGAACUGUUCCUGUACGGCUUACUCGAAUUUGGACAUCAGGAAUGGUGGGAGUGGGUGUCUGGUUUGGUAUGGUGACUUGCUUGAUAUCAGGCAGCUGUAUGGAAAUGGUGAAGAUCUCUAUGUAAGGAUGGCUGCUUCAGAGAUAGCUGAGGAGAAGAGUAAGGAAGGGAAGAAGAGGAGAGAAAUUUUGAUCGUUGUGGGUGGAGGGUUAUCAGCUGGUGUGUUCUUCGUGAUGAUCGGGUUGAUCAUACGGGUUAAGAGAAAGAAGGUGCAGGGGAAUAAUGGUGCAGCAGAAUUUUCAGGUUUUUUGCGAUGUCUUGGUGCAAGUCGUACCAGGAAAGAGAGGGAAGGUCUGGAGUUACCACUGUUUGAUCUGGCUACCAUUGUUUCUGCAACUAGCAACUUCUCCGGGACUAAUGUUCUUGGACAUGGAGGUUUCGGAACUGUUUAUAAGGUAAUGCCUUUUGUUCUUGAAGCUGUGACGUUGCAGAAUGUGUGUCUAGCAAAACUGCAGGUUAUGAAAUGGGAGAAUAUUGUGCAGGGGAUCCUGAGAGAUGGAGUGGAAAUUGCUGUGAAGAGGCUGGCAAAGGAUUCACAGCAAGGAGCUGACGAAUUCAAGAACGAAGCGAUGCACAUUGCCAAGCUUCAACACCGGAACUUGGUGAGGCUUCUGGGAUGUUGCGUGCAGCGCGACGAAAGAAUGCUGGUCUAUGAGUUCAUGCCGAAUAGAAGCUUGGACUUCUUCAUUUUCGAUAUCAAGCAGAGACAUUUACUAGAUUGGCCUACGCGAUAUAACAUUGUCAAGGGGAUUGCUCGCGGGCUUCUGUACCUCCACCAAGACUCGAGGCUGAGAAUAAUCCACCGCGAUCUCAAAGCCAGCAACGUGUUGCUGGAUUAUGAGAUGAACCCUAAGAUAUCGGAUUUCGGGUUGGCUAGAACUUUUGCUGGCAAUGACAUCCAAGGGAACACAAGGAACGUUGUGGGAACAUAUGGCUAUAUGUCACCGGAAUACGCGAUCGACGGGAUUUACUCGAUCAAAUCGGACGUUUUCAGCUUUGGAGUGAUGGUGUUGGAGAUACUGAGUGGGCAGAGAAACAGGGGAUUCUGCCAUCCUGAUCAUGAGCUUAACCUCCUUGGCCAUGCGUGGAGCCUGCAAAGAGAAGGCAGGGGUCUAGAAAUGAAGGAUGCAACACUAAGAGAGUCGUGGGACGAUUCGCAGGUGCUACGACUGUUGCACAUCGGACUACUGUGCGUGCAGAAGAGUCCCGACGAUCGGCCGAGCAUGUCCGUGGUGGUGGACAUGUUAAGCGGGCAAGGUGGUCUGUUGGAACCAAACCAGCCGGGAUUCUUCACCGAAAGGGAAAUCUCGUGCGCAAGUUCUUCUUCUUCGAGCGAGAACAGAGGUCCCUGUACUAAUAACAUGUCUGUUACGUUGCUACAAGCGAGAUGA